CCCAAGUGAAUCGUAGUGAGGAUGCAAGCUGUGGGACACGCCGUGAUGUGAGUGUCCGGCCUCUCGGAAUGCGCGCUUUGCAAAGCUGCGCACCCAGUGCUUGGUAGGCCCGCGCGAUGUCCGAGUACUUCCGCCGGCUCAUCAAGCGCGAGCCCCCGCCGGCCGCCCACAUCCGUUUCCGCUGCGCCAAGCUGCACAAAGUCACCGACCCCGGCAGCAACUGCAAGGACAACGAGUACAACACGAUCUAUGACGUUCUCAAAUCGCGAGGAUGGAAAGAGACUGAUGUUGAUACAGAAUGGCACAUAUUUUGGACUGACAAAGAUUGGAUCCAUUCAGCAUUUGACAAAAUACACUUGGAUCCUCAUCAGCACGUGAACCACUUCCUGAACCACCAAGAGCUCACUCGCAAAGAUUUGCUGGUGAAGAACAUGAAGAGGAUGAGGCGGCAGUGUGAGAAGGACGGGCGCAGGGCGGAGGCCGCGCGAUACGACGUGCUGCCUGUGACCUACGUGGUGCCGCAGGAGUACCACAUGUUUGUGGACGAGUUCAAGAAAUACACUGGUGCUACCUGGAUCAUGAAGCCUGUUGGACGGUCUCAAGGCGCUGGGAUCUUCUUGGUGAACAAGCUAGCUCAGACGCAGCAAUGGAAGCCACGACAGGACUGGAAUGGUCCUGCGCCAGCCAAAUCCGAGGAUGACGACGCUGUGGAGACGUAUGUCGCUCAGAAGUACGUGGAGGCGCCUCUUCUGAUCGGCGGCAAGAAGUUUGAUAUGCGCCUCUAUGUCUGCGUCACCAGCUACCAUCCGCUGACGGUGUACAUGCAUCGCGGGGGCUUCUGCCGUUUCUCCAUGUCCAGAUAUUCUUCCGACAUGAGUAACCUCACUGCGCUGGGGUCGCACCUGACCAAUGUGGCAGUGCAGAAGCACAGCGGGAAGGCCGCCUACAAGCGAACUGGCGCCAAGUGGGAUGUGAACAAUCUCAAGUCCUACCUGCUAACAACCGCCGGAGUGGAGGUGACGAACAGGCUCUUCAAUGAUAUUGAGGACAUUGUGAUCUACUCGCUGCUGUCGGUGCAGAAGGUCAUGAUCAACGACAAGCACUGCUUUGAGAUGUACGGAUACGACAUCCUCAUUGAUGUGGAUUACAAACCCUGGUUGCUGGAGGUGAAUGCGUCGCCAUCACUCACUGCCAAUACCACAGCUGACUAUGAGAUGAAGUACGGCUUGCUAGAUGAUCUCUUGACGCUCCUGGAUAUUGAGAAGUACCUCACAGGGAAUGAGUUGCAGAUUGGCGGCUUCGACUUGCUGUACAAGGACGGAUAUCGUUAUGCCCCACCCGAGGGCUCGGUGUUCACGUCCUACCUGGGCUGCUACAACAACCGCCUGUCGCAGCUGCAAAGAUUGGCUAAGACGCGUGCAUGGGAACUCAGGAAAGAGCAGCAGAGCAGCAAGGAGGCCUCGAGUUCGACGAUUGGCGAACCGCAGGAGGAGCCGGUCCCCAAAACGGAGCGCGAGCGCCGGAAGAGUGCAGUGGUGGAAGUUGCCGACCCCGGGCAUCCGAAUCCGGAGGACCCGAGGCUGGAUCCCGGCUUCAACCCGAAGCCCCGGACUGUACGGCCCUUCCCCCCACCAACAGCGCCAGCCGGCAAGUAGCCACCGGCCCAGCUCCGUUUCACCCAAGGCCCAUCCGACGCAAACGCGUGGGGC